GAACUUUGUGCGGAGAAGCUUCAGCUUUGGCCUGAUGGAGGAAGUGGGACUUGUCCUGAAGAAGGAUGGUCAUCCUCGUUGCUGCAACACAGAGCACAUCUCUUGUGUCUUCGUCGAUGUGCUUCUGAAGUUCCAAGAUCUCUUCAUUGCGGGAUGCCUUGGCGAAAGCACGGGCCAGCCGAUCCGCAUCGUCCUGGAAAGCCUGCCG